ACUUCUUAUUUUGAUGUCCUGCUCUAACCUCUCUAGAGUUUUCUGAAUACUGGCCAGCUCGUGGUUAACACGGCUGAGAGCCACAUGAUCAACUGUGAUAGUGAGGAAACCAAAACCUCAAGUUAGCUUUUGCGCAAUCCCUUUCCUGUUUACGAGUUGUGACAGUUGAAUAUAACCAUGAUGAGAAUUAAUCUCAUUUGUGCUCAUGUAGAGACCCUAAAUUACUCUAAAUCAAUGUUUUAAAUUUAUUUAGCAAAAAGUAAAGCUAUCGGUUCUUAUGAUUCCCAACUAAUUGAAAGCCGAUAUAAAGGUAUCUCAAAAAUCUUGCCACUCAUAAUUCCAUUGAACUAAUUAUUCAGGGAAAAAAAAGCAUGGCUGUGAACAACUACGAGCAGAUCGGGUGUCAAGACGCUGUAGGUGUCGGAUUCAGAUUUAUGCCUUACUUCAGCUUUUUAUAGUGAUUUGAUACACUAGGAGUUAUUUGUCACAUCUCUGAAGCACCAAAAUAAAUCGGUAGGUGUCCUGAAGGCGGGCUGAGUGCAGGGUUCAGUGGAGUCUCAACCCCUCUGUCAUGUCAUCGUGCACAUUGCUGCUGGUGUCUCAGGCAGGCUGUGGGCUCAACGAAUCCCUUCAGCCUUGCAAGCCUUCUCUGCAAAUGCAGAUCUCUGAACCUAUGGGAGAAUGUUUGGAGUGUUUCCCUUCUUCUGACCUUUGCCAGUGUUUUGGAGAACGGAUGUCUUUUGUCGAAAGCAACUUUACUAAAUACUUGGAAUCCUCUGCCUUUUUUAAAAGCGAGCCCUCAGAAGUAAACAUGCCCGCUGAACUGUGCUUUGGCCAUUCUGAGGUCUCUGGACAAGGGGAUCCUAAAAAGGAAAACCAGUCUUUGGAACGUGCUGCAGAGCAAGAAGCACUUAUUGAAUCCACUGCACACCAAAACGCCAUUGAGGUGAACGAAGCCGAUGGAAUUUGCAUUGAAAAUGGUCAAAUCAAUGGUGAAUUUUCAGAUCAGUCUUGUUCAUCUGGAUACAGCUCUUUGUUUGACAGCUGCUCUGAGCAUGGUGAGUGUUUUGAAAUAAGCAGUUCUUCAGUUGACUUGGUUGAAAUAAGCCAGAAUGAUGAACUUGGCAUUACAUUUGAGCCAAGUGAUCAAAGUGAGAUUUCUGAACAUGAUGCUGAACAGUUAACUUUAUCCGAGAUGAGCCUAGAUGAUUGUGAGUCUUUUCAACGAGAUGAUGCAGAACAGAUAAUUUUAUCUGAGAUGAGCCUAGAUGAUUGUGAGUCUUUUCAACGAGAUGAUGCAGAACAGAUCAUUUUAUCUGAGAUGAGACUAGGUAAUUGUGACUCUUUUGAACAAGAAGAUGCAGUAUGGUUAAACUCAUCAGAGAUGAGCUCAGACCUUUGUGAGUUUAUUCCACAAGAUGAUGCCGAAUCGGUAACUUCAUCUGAGUUUAGCCCAGACUGUUUUCAAGAAGAUAAUGCAGAAGUAAUUUCAUCCAAGUUGAGCCUAGAUGAUUGUGAAUCUUUAACACAAAGUGAUGCAGAACAAGCAACUGAGGGAGAUCUUUGUGAUUCUAUUCUACAAGCUGAUGUUGAGUCCUCACAAUUAGGUCCUUCAGAUCAUGAAACGCUUUCUGAAUGCGAUGUAGAAUAUCAGGACCUGCACAGCGAGUGUGAAAACAGCAGUGCUGAAGACAGCUUAUCUGAUCAAAACAGUGCAGUUGAACUAGAUUCUGAAGUCUGCGAGACAUCUAAACAGUCUGAGCAUAACAAUCAAAACAAGCUUGAUGACUACCAUGCCACACAUUUUGAAUCCCCUGAACUGUGUCAGGACUCUAAAGAAAGUAAGCCAUCUGACCACUGUGUGUCCCUUGAGCACACACAGCUUACUGGGCAAAUGGACACCACUGAUGACAGCCUAGAUGAUUGCACUUGUUCGAUGGAGAACUUUGAUUGUAGUCGGACCUUUGACUCCCCAACUGAAGGGCAUCAAGACUGUAACCGGCGAUCUGAGCACAGCGAAUCCUCUGUAUGUUUUAAGGUUUUAGAACAAUGCACAAGCUGUGGAACGUACUUUGAGAAAUGUGAUGUCCGUGAACAAUGCACUCCCUCUGUGCCCACUGACCUUUCUGAGGGCCCACAUCAAAGCAGACUUGCAGAAAAAUGCCCAGAGUCUUCAAGAACACACAGCUCUGUCUUUCACAAUCCUGAAAUAACCAAAGAAAAUUUGCCUAAUCAUAGCAGUAAAACUGAAAUUAGGAAACCAUCUCAGUCUGAUGCCAUGUUUUCUGGAUCAAUGGAAACCUUUGAGGCUCGGUGGCUUUCUCAAUUUCUUACUGAUCUUUUGAGGCAUAAUAAGGAGAUUUCAAGUCCUGCUGCUGAAAUCAGUGAGUCAAAUGGAGACACAGAAAUCCCUGAAGUUGAAGCUUUUGACAACUAUAGGAAGCUCUGUAAAAAGUGUGACGACUUGGAGAAUGGGAAAUGUUGUAAUGAUGAAAACCUUCAAUCUUUUCAACUUGCUGAUGAUGAUGAGGAGGUAAAGUUUGAACACCACUCGAAUGUGGACAUCUCCCUGAAUGCAUUGACCACAGUGGCAGGUUCUUCAGAUGAAUCGAGCGAGGAGGAGUAUGGCGACUGCAUGGAUGGUAAAAGUCAAGAAAGCUGUGAAACUGAAUCAUUCAAAAGUUUUGUUGAGUCUGAAUCAUUCGAAAUCUUCUCAGAUCAACCAUGUGAUAAGGAAAACCGUCUUGAAGACGAUGAUGAGUCCUUGAUUCAAAUUCUACAGCCAGAUGAAUACCCUGAUGAAGGUAACGAUGAGAAUUUUGGUUUAGAUGCUUGUGAAGAAGAAUGUGAGAUUGAUUCUGAGCAACAAGUGACAGGAAAGAAAAGCAGUAAAACAUAUGCUGAAGCUGUAGCUGUUGGACUCCCAGUUAAAUGUGCCAAACCAGAUGAGGUCCAUGAAACUGAAGAUUAUGGGCCUGGUUUUAUGGAUGAAUGCUUCUCCUCGUAUUCUGAGAGCAAGGAUGAUGAACUUUGCUACAGAAAUGGAGAGGUCGCUGAACCCCUUGUUGAUAUGCAAGUGUCCUGUGUUGCAGCUAUUGAUGGUUGUGGACUUGAAGUCGUCGACAGUGUAUCUGGAGAUUCCACAGAAUUGUGUGCUGUGAAGGACACAUUUCAAGGACCUGAUACUUUGGAAUCACGUGUUGAAGGAAGUGAGGUCAGUCAGGAUUUAACUGAAAAUGACAGUUCUGAGAACGCAGAAAACGUACAAGAUCUCAGUUCUGUGGUUGAAAUCGAUGCAAACGAGGAGACACACUCUGACUUUGAUGAAACUGAGGGGGCUCAUGGUCCUUGUUGUGGAGAGAUUGAAACUACUGAAGAUGAAGAAACAACCCUGUGUGACUUUGAGGAUGUUGUGGUAUGUUCUGAUGAACUUGACGAAGGUAAAGAAACCCCAACUGCUGAUCAACUGAUCUCUUGUGCCUUUGAGGAGCAGUCAAAAACAGAGACUGGCACUAUUUGGGUAUCAGAUGGUCAGCAAGAGGCCAAUACCGAGCCAAAAGACACCUCUGGGCUCAUUCAUCCUUCUGGAACAGAUGGCCUGUCUGAGAAGGACCAGAAAAAUGAAAAAUUAGAGGAACUUAUACAUCAAGUUGCAAGAAGUGAAGCAUCUGAACAAGACACAUUAUUUAAGUCUGACCAAAAAAACAGUGAACAGAAUCAUUCUUACGAGGAGAGUGAUGUAUCUGAAGAUGAAGAGUACCCAGAGGACUGUGAUUGUGAAUUCUGUCUUCCACCCAUAGAUCAGGUCCCAGCCAAACCACUUCUUCCACAGAUAAAGUCUAAAGAUGUAGGGAAGAUCUGUGUAGUCAUUGAUCUGGAUGAAACACUAGUCCACAGUUCAUUCAAGCCGGUAAAUAAUGCUGACUUUAUCAUUCCAGUGGAAAUUGAUGGGACAGUACAUCAGGUGUAUGUGUUGAAGAGACCUCAUGUUGACGAGUUCCUCAAACGGAUGGGGGAACUGUUCGAGUGCGUGUUAUUCACUGCAAGCUUAGCCAAGUAUGCUGAUCCAGUCUCGGAUCUGCUGGACAAAUGGGGAGCUUUCCGAAGCCGUCUUUUCCGGGAAUCUUGUGUGUUCCACCGUGGAAAUUAUGUCAAGGACCUAAGCCGUCUAGGCAGGGAUCUCAACAAAGUCAUCAUUGUGGACAACUCGCCAGCCUCCUACGUCUUCCACCCGGACAAUGCUGUACCUGUAGCCUCCUGGUUUGAUGACAUGUCUGACACAGAGCUGCUGGAUCUCAUCCCUUUCUUUGAGAGACUGAGUAAAGUGGAUAAUGUGUACACUGUGCUGAAGCAGCAGAGGACUACUAGCUAGCACGACACUAAAGGGCAGCUGUCACUAUGGGGCCAGAGAGGCUGCUGGGCUCGGAGCACCACACUGCUUCCCCCUAACAGGACCAGCCACUAGCUCAGUCCUCAUCACCUACCCAGAAUUCCAUUCACAUGAUGUUUGAAAAAGAAGUCAAAUGACAGAACUGUGAAGGACUGCUUUAGCUAUUACGUGCAUAAAAGAAGAAGCUGAUUGUUUUAACACUCAGUUGCGUGAAUCUCAGGAAAGCGAGCAAGAGCAUAUUUCACCCUGAAGUCAAAUAAUAGAAAUUAUAUUUUGCGCAAAGAAAAUGAAAGAGAUGCUUUUUUUGCCUUUGUGACAUUAUUUUGACAGCUAAGCACAUUGCCUCGAAAUGUUGCCAUAACGCAAACUUAUAUUUACUGUAAUGUGUAAAAAAAAAAAAUAUUAUUUAAAUUGUAUUGUAUUUAUACAUUAUGGUUGUAUUUGUCGGACUGCUUUUAAUUUAUGCUUGUUUAUGCAAAAAAUCAUCGUUGUGAAUAACAAUGGAAGCUACAAAAAGAAAACAAAACAAGAGCAUGUGUUAUGGUAAUAAUGAGGGGCAAAUUGUUUAAUUGUCAUAAAAUUAAUUUCACAAUGAAAAAAAAAAAAGUCAAAGUACACUUUGUUUUCUUUAUGCAAAUAUUUUGUAUUUAUUUUACUCUUAAUUUUAGGGGGAAAUGUGUCCUAUGCAAGUGUUUGUGCGAUUCACCCAAAAACGUGUUACUCCUUAGCAAGUCUCUCAUUUUUUAUGGUCAAGGGAAGCCCUGUUAAAAUGAAAAAAGUUGAUUGUCCUCUUUGGUUGGUUAUUUGAGGAUAUGUUUUUUUUUUUUUUAGAAAAUGACUUCCUCUUCUUUGGUUAAUAUCUUGAGUUAAACUUCCCUCAUUCCCUGUGUCUGAUGAGUUUACUUCGAGAACUCAAGUAUGGGCAAAAACAUAAAUGGCAAUCACAUGGAAUAAUAUGCUGUCUUUCCUUUCCUUUUUUUUUUUUUUAUUUAAUCUAGCCAGCUUUAUUGGACUCUAAAACAAGCGUUUAUUAUCCCUUUAUUUUUCCAAAAAUCAUGUUUUUUUUUUCCUUUUCCUCCUCCAGUUUCUUAAUCAGAUAAGAAAGACUCUUGAUGCAAUCAGCCAGCACUUGAAAUUCAAGUUUCACAAAGCAACAGAUGUAAGAAAGGGUAAUUGGUCUGACAGUUGUUGUGUCCCACGGCCAGUUUUCACUCCGAAGGUAAAGCUAAUGCACCUUCUGAAUCAUAUACAGUAUGCUUUAUUUUGUCUAAUGCGAGGUCAUUCACCAUGGCCUUAAAAUUACAGUAGCAAAAAUUUGUCAGACGAUAUCAAAGUGGUCUUAUUUACGAAAUCAGUUUGUCUGAUGCUGUAUAGUUUUUAAAUUCAUAACAGUAUGCCAUUUGUGUGUUUAUAUUAAUCAAAACGAGUAAAGAAUACUGGAAUCAAAUCUUGAUUAUGUUCGACUUGUAAUGCCUUAACUCUCCAUUAGAUCACUAAGCUGUCAGAUGGUUCAUUGAGAAAGUGAUUUUGGCAUUGGCGUAAGCAUGCCGUACUGUGGACUGGGGAGCCCAUGUUAAUGUGCAAGGCCUAUCUUGCUCAGCACUAUCUGAGUUGAUUGUUUUGCAAGUGCCAAUAUUGAUGUUUCGAGACAUAACGGUGAUGUUCAUGUGUCCGGGAGAGAGUGGAAAGAUGAUGUUAUGGUUUUUAAUACUGGUGUUUUGUCCAUUUUUCAGUGUUUGACUGUUUAAAUAGAUUUGGUGAUGGCGAAACAUUUGCCAUCUCUAUAUUUGUGAUAUUAAUGAAAAUAGUGCUGUGCCAUGGAGAAAAAAAAAAGUUUUUGUUAUUCAUAAAAGUUUAAAGAGCA